AUGGGCCUCCGCUUCCGCAAUGCCACCCCCGGCACCAUCCUCUGCGCAGCAUCCACCGUCCUCCUCGCCAUCGUCGCCUUCAACACCCCCGUCAUCAAGAGCCUCGACUUUCUCUCCGCGUCCUAUACCGCUGGGUCGUACAGCGGCGAGCUGUCGCUCGGGACGCUUGGGUUCUGCCAUACCCUCAGCGGGACACAGAACUGUACCGGGCCUCAGGUUGGAUACGAAUUCGACCCCAAUGAUGUAUUCGGCGUAUCCUUCUUCGACAUUCCCGAAGCCAUCACCAGAUACCUCACCUACGUCCUCAUCCUACACGUCGUCGCCCUCGGCUUUUCCGCCAUCGCCAUGAUCGUCGCCAUCCUCGCCCACUCGCCCACCUUCCCCCUUCUAUGCCUCUCCAUCUGGCUCGCCGGUAUCGCCUCCACCAUCACCUUUAUCGCGCUCGUAUUCGACCUCGCCAUGUUCUAUAUAGCCAAGGCGCGGAUCGACCAGGUGGAUGGGGCGUCGUCGACGAUAGGCAACUCGGUAUGGAUCACGUUGGCGGCGUGGAUCAUCUUGGCGCUGAGCGGGUGUUUCUUUGGGAUUGGGAAUUGCUGUGGGAUCUGUAGGGAUGAGAGCAGGGAUACGAAUAGGAAGAGGAUGGAUAGUAUGGAUGAUAGGGCGGAAGAGGACUACAAGAUGCGGAUGAUGGCUAUCGACAGCGAGCGAGCGAGAAAGCAACAGCAAGAACAAGGUCUCCCCGGAUUCCAAGAGAUUACGCCUCUCAAAGAUGAAUCGGAAGAACAAUACCUCAUCCAGCACAACGCUCUCCCCGUGCAGAACCGCGACGGCGGCCUCGGCAGGAACGCCAGUAGGGUCUCGGGUGUCGGAGUGGGCUACGGAAGGCGAAACCACCGCACGCCAGCGAAUGAUUAUGCGAUGGCGGGCGGGAAUGGCUAUGGCGGGUGGGACCAGCCGAGGGGGUAUCAGAACAUCCAGGCCCCGCCGCCGGUGGCGAGGAGGUUGUCGGAUGCGACGUCGGCGGGAGACUUUGUGGGCGUAGGGGCUGGAGGAGGUGGGGUAGAGAGCUCGCCACCUGUGCCGCCUCUUCCCUCCCAAACACCUGCUGGGGGUUAUGGUGGACCGCAGAAUUACUACAAUGAGCUGCCGGCGCAGGGGCAGUAUGGGGCCACUUAUGCCGAGCCGAAUCAGUAUGGUACCAAUUACGCCGACCCAUACGCUACCCAAAGAUCAAACGCAUACGACCCCUACACCCAAACAACCUACAACGACCCCUACGUCGCCACCCCUUCCAACAACUACGCCGCCGCCCCCACCGCCAUGCCCAUCCCAACCCCCACCGCUACCCGCUCCCCACCCCAAGCUAUGCCCAUCGCCCAACCUUCCGGCUCGAGCGCAAACCCGUACGGGUACAACACCACCGCCUCGUCCGAAUCCUACGACCCCGGACCCCGCGUCGUCCAAGCCGACCCUUACGACGCAUAUGACGACGGGCUGGGCGCUAUCGGCAUGGCGGCUACCACCAACACUGCCGGCAGGCAUGAGCGAGAUUAUACGGGGCAGACGUUUGGCGCUGCGGCGCCGAUACAGGUACAGGAACCGCGUCCUCAGCAUUUGGUGGGGCAGAAUACGGCGAGGUUGUUGGCUUCGCCGCAGAGUCCGGUGGAUCAGAGACAUAGUGUGGCGCUGGGGGCGAGUGGGUCGGGCGGGGGGUAUGGGGAUGAGUUGAUGAAUGUUAGUGGGUCGGAUAAUAGGCCGCCGAGUUAUUCGGCUGGAAACUAUACCGCCGCGCCGAGUGGGAAUGAGAAGAGCUCGUAUAGAUAA